AUGAGUAAUGAAGAGUUAGUUAUUCAAGAUGAGUAUCUGUACAAAGAAGAGACGCGACUCACUGUUCUGAAAACUUCUCGGUUCUUCACUGGUGAUGGCUUUGUCGUCUACGAUUGUAAGGGACAACUCGUUUUCCGAUUCGACUCAUACGGACCUAACACUCGUGAUAAGGAAGAGCUUGUUCUCAUGAAUCCUCACGGUCGUUCUCUUCUCACUUUGCGUCGAAAGAAACCUAGCCUUCAUCAACGAUGGGAAGGGUUCAAAGGAGAGAGAAAAGACGGUGAUAAACCUAUUUUUAACGUAAAAAGAUCAUCAAUAAUUGGACGGUCACGAACGAGUGUAACAGUGGAAGUACACGAUAAUCCAGGUAUGGAGUACCUCAUUGAAGGGUGCUUCCCACAACGAUGUUGUAAGAUUUUCAACGCCACAAAAAAAUUAGUGGCUGAGAUUCGUCGUAAAGUGGACCCCACCACGAAUGUUAUGCUUGGAAAAGAAGUGUUCAUGCUUUGCAUUCAACCUGAUUUUGAUGUGUCCUUUGCCAUGGGGUUGGUUUUGGUAUUGGAUCAAAUCAACGGUGAGAAUUUCUUUGAUAAUGGGAUCAUCGAGACUUCGGUGCACCCUACUGCAGAAGAUUGA